AUGGACCGUCUCUUGACAUUGGGAUCCAGACCGGGUGUUUUCACUUAUUCUCCCUCGCGUUUCGUAGCACGCGGUAGCACAAAUCCGGAAAUAGGUGGGAAAUCUUUGCCGUUUUGGAGAUGCCCAGCAAAGUCACCGGGUUAUUGUCAGUGUUUCAUACCCGCCACUUUGGGAAUUGGGCUCGCCUGGGCAAAAGAGAAAAAAAAAAAUAGGUUGGGAGCGAGGAGGGGGUGUCGUCCUGUCAAGUUUGUGGCGGUCCUUUCAAGCAGGAAAAAAAAAGGAGCGUCGGGACGGAUUGGGGCGGGCCCGGCGGCGAGCAGCAACGUAACGUUCUAUGCGAGAAGGGUAGAUUACAAUGGCAUUGUCCCCAGCGGCCUUUGUUCCGUAUCCGCCCAUGGCAGCAAUCGUGGUGGCACGGCGGCCAGGAGCGAGACGAGGAGGAGGGAGUGGAAGACGGGCAGCAGCAUCAUGGACGCUUCUUGCAACAGAAACACCCGCCUUCCGCCUUCCGCCUUUGGUGCACCUGCUCUCUGCCCUCCUCCUCCCUUCCAUUCUUCCCAAAGUUCUGGUCCGCCGCAGCCUGUCGGCGUAAAAGCACACAAAGGUGGCACAGGUCCCCGUCAUGGGCAUGUAUAUAUCUCUUGCGGCGAAACAAAUCCAUUGGCUGGAACCGCCAUCUUUAAGCGAGGAAGGAGGGACCUUUCCCCUCCUGGGUGA